UGAGCUUUGAUCUACUCCUACUGUAGAAAUUCUGAACCCAAAGGUUAGAGUACCAUGUUCUUAUAAGGGCUUGCUUUGAUGCAAUCAUGGACUACUAUGAUGCAAUCAUGUGAGGAAAGAAGGCGGACAAACAAGUGAUGUUCCAAAGGUCCUGUUGGGACGUGAAAACGGGUUGGAGCUGUAUAACGAGGAAUCAUUUUUCGCCAGUAAGAAGAGAAGGAUCGGGAUCCAAACAUGGCUGGAACUAAAGAACCUGUCCGGUCUUGGACCGGGGAGAUGUCAUCCCUCCUCGCCGAGGCUCCGGCACAUGUUGCCAAAACUUGCUACGAGUACGAUAACAUAAUCACGAGCUUUUUCUUUACCAAGAAGUGUAUUGAGCAGACCAAGAAUUUCAAACUCCGAUCGGAUGACGUGUUUAUUAUCACUUAUCCAAAGACAGGAACCACGUGGGCUCAACAGAUCAUGAUGCUGGUGCAAGUUGAAGCAGAUCUGUCCUUCUUCGAAGGGAAGCAUAUCUCCAAGUUGGUUCCAUUCUUGGAAUGUCCUGAUGUACCUGAUGCUGGGGUGUACAAGACGGAGGCAGAGUUAAACACGGCACCAACAAUUGCUGAAGCUGCAGACGCAAUGCCAACCGAUACACCCAGAAUACUGAAAACACACGUGGUCCAAAGAUGGCUUCCUGAGGGACUCAAAGAUGAUCCCCAGGCCAAGGUUGUGUACGUGGCUAGGAACCCGAAGGAUACGGCUGUUUCCUACUACCACUUCUGCCUGCUAUUCAAAGAUCUUCCACACUACACGUCGUGGGACGAGUUCUUUGAAGAGUUCAUUGCCGAUAGAGUUCCUAACGGUUCUUGGUUUGACCACACCCUUUACUGGUGGAAGCUCAGGAAUCAUUCGAAUGUUCUGUUCCUUACCUAUGAAGACAUGAAACAGGACUCGAGGAAAGCCGUAGUUCUGAUCGCCGAGUUCAUGGGAAAAUCUUUAUCAGACGACAUCAUUGACCGUAUCGUCGAUGCGUCAAGUUUCAAAUUCAUGAAAAAGAAUAAAAGCACGAACCCCGACGUCGCUUACGAGAAAGAAAUGGACAACAAAAACAAGAAAUCAUUCAUGCGGAAAGGGGUGGUCGGAGAUUGGAAGAAUUACUUCUCAGAAGAUCAGAAUCGUCGAUUUGAUCAACUCUACCAAGAAAAGAUGGCAGGAUCUGGACUCGAAUUAAGAUUUGAAUAAUCACGAUCAGAGAUGGUGAUCCCGGGAAGCCCUCCUCCGGAAACUGUAAAGGAAAACUAAUGACAAAGGGGGUAGCACAUAAGGCUAAAUGCGACAGCAUACCUUACGUUCUAAAAGGCCCAAUACACUCUAAAAAAAUAUUGGGCGCCCAAUUUUUACCCAACAUGAGGGCGAUUAUGUGUACAACCAACUGUUGGGUAAAAAGAAAAUACCCAACUGUUAACCAACAAAAAUUUACCCAAUCAGAAAUUCACCCAAUUCUCACCAUAAUGUGUAGCAUAUAUUAGACACUAGUGGGGCAAUUAAGUUGGAUAAAAUAUUAUAUGCAAAAGGACAUUAGUGCCGCGGAGGGACUAGAACCGCGGACCUUGUGAUCUACAGUCGUGUGACAUAUCCACUCGACCACGACACCUCUAAUAUAAGAAUAUAACAUUAUUGUUGUAUAAUAAUGUUGCCUGACUUACGUUUGCCCAGUUACAUCUGCCCAACUUAUAUUGAACAUGUAAUUGGGUAAAUACAUGUAGUGAAUGGUUGGGAGAAAAUAACCCAAAUGUUGGACAAAAAUGGCCCGACCCUAAUUUGCCUAAUAACAUUACCCAAUUAUUUCAUCGGUUACUACAUGGUUGGUAAGAAAUAACCCAAUUGUUGGGCUACAUUUGCCCAACAUCGAUUUGCCAAGUAACACCUACCCAACCUUUUUUUACCUUUCGUGAGGUAACUUCAUAUAGUAAAUGAUUGGGAGAAAAUAGCCCAGUUAUCGGACAAGAUAUGCCCAACUUCGAUUUACCCAGUAACAUCUGCCCAACUUUUUUAACAGUGUAGAAGGCAAAAUUCCACUAUUCACGAAUGGCAAACACGGUCCCUGAUCAUGAAUUCAUCUUAACAUCACUUUCUCAUUCUGUCUAAAUUCAUUAUUGCGCUUCGAUUCACACAUAAUUGGCAAGGCAUUAAUUUACAUUUGCCACUCUCCACCCAGGUGAAGUAAAUGGGAACCCGGUAGGAAGAA